AUGCAGUACUCUUUCACCCUCUCCGCCCUCGCGGCCACUGCCUUCGCGCAGAACAACCAGAACCAGGACGAUCAAGCGGAUCAAUCUGUAGCAGGCCUUGCCUCCGUCAUCUCAGUACUCCAGACUGCCCUCCCUUCCAGUCUCAUCCAGGAAGCCCUCACAAACUCUGCCGCCGUCGCGUCCGACAUCUCCGCUGAAUUUGCGGCCGGCUCGACUCCAGCGUGGUUCACAGCUCUGCCCACAGACGUGCAGACCUACCUCGUCCCAUCACAACUCUACCCUAACGCCACCGCGACUGGAACAUUAAUAUCAGUUGGGCCAACCAACUCUGCGAAUGCUACAGGCUACGGGAACAGCACUAGGUCGAGCUCGACGAGUGGACGAUCUACGAAUACGGUGACUGCGACUGAGACGGGAGAGGGUUCAGAGGAGACCGGGGCGAGUGCUACGCAGGGAGAGAGUAGUUCGAGUUCGAGUGCGGGUGCAUCGAUGCCGAGCGCGAUAGUUGGGAUGGGGCUAGCCGGUGCGGUCGGGCUGGUGGGUGUUCUUGCUUUGUAG